GGGCCCAAUGGGCUGGAGGAGUGGGUGGGCAGCGCAUACCUGUUUGUGGAGUCCUCGCUGGACAAGGUGGUCCUGUCAGACGCUUACGCUCAUCCCCAGCAGAAGGUGGCGGUGUACAGGGCUCUGCGGGCUGCAUUGGCAGCACUCCUUGCCCCGAACCCCUUCCCAGUAACUACCUUCCAGGGGGGACCCCCUUUCCCAUAUCAGGGCAGAGGUGACGGGAGACUGAGCCUGGUUGGGGGGGUCCCACUCUGGGGCAGCAGGAGCCGUACUUGAUGGCGGCCUAAGACCUGAGACCUCCCGCUCCUUCCCCGCCGGCCCCCUACCCAGAUGUUUUGGCUGCCCAGGGCAUUCGCCCCCCUCUUUGCUGCCAAGUCUCUCUGCACAUCCCUUUUGCCCACCUUAACUUGGGGCUCCAGUGAUGGGGCUAGGAUGGUACCCACUCCCUGGAAUAGGUCCUGGCCUUCAUGCUGGUAUCCCAAUUUUGUUUUCCGGCUGGGAGCUCUGGGGUAACCCCGUGCUCCUAGGCCUGGUGGCUAGGGAGGUUGCUCUGACCAUGGGCUUCACCCCUCUUCCGACUGCUUGGAGAACGGGCCGGUUGAGGACCGUCUGGCGCCUGACUGCCCGCCUCCGCAGAGAGCGGGAGCCCUGACGAGUUGCAGAUGCUCAAGAUCCACCGCAGCGAUCCGCAGCUGAUCGUGCAGCUGCGUUUCCGCGGGCGCCAGCCCUGCGGCCGCUUCCUCCGCGCCUACCGCGAGGGGGCGCUGCGCGCCGCGCUGGAGGGCCGCCUGGCUGCCUCGCUCACCCUGUGCGCGGUGCCUUUGGAACUGGAGCUGCGCGCCGGCGCCGAGCGGCUGGACGCCCUGCUGGCAGACGAGGAGCGCUGUUUGAGCUGCAUCUUUGCCCAGAAGCCUGACCGGAUGCGGGACGAGGAACUCGCGGAGCUGGAGGAUGCGCUCCGGAACUUGACUUUUGGCUCAGGGGGCCAGGAGGGUGGCAACGCAGAGGUACCUCCAGCCCCUUCGCAGUCCCUGGCCCCGUCUCCGCCGGAGAAGCCACCGCCAGCGCCACCCUCUGGCCAGACUUUUAUGUUCCAGGGCCAGCCCAUAGUGAACCGGCCGCUAAACCUGCAGGACCAGCAGACGUUUGCGCGCUCAGUGGGCCUCAAGUGGCGCAAGGUGGGGCGCUCCCUGCAGCGCGGCUGCCGCGCGCUGAGGGACCCGGUGCUCGAGUCCCUGGCCUACGAGUACGAGCGCGAGGGGCUGUACGAGCAAGCCUUCCAGCUCCUGCGGCGCUUCGUGCAGGCCGAGGGCCGCCGCGCCACGCUGCAGCGCCUGGUGGAGGCGCUCGAGGAGAACGAGCUCACCAGCCUGGCGGAGGACUUGCUGGGCCUGGCGAACCCUGACAGCACCCUGGCCUAGGCUGGGUACCAGGCACACAAGGACGGCCGGCCAGUGGCCCAGCCAGGGUUUGGAGCACCCGGAUGACUCUAGGGUCCCUUCUUGCUGCUAAGGCUGCCCUGUCCAUUCACAGGACUUAACUACCCUCCUGAGUGGAGCUGCUGGGCAGAAUGGACUGCCUUCUCCGGGAGUCAGACAGGCACCCGCCAUGCCUGCUGGGGUGCCAUAGGGGAUUCUGCCCCAGAUAAGGACAGUGUGUGGGUGCCUCACCGCACCUAUCCCACAAGGGGGGUGGGGGGGGGGCUUGUGGCCGGCCCUUCACUCUUCUCUCAUUGCACAAUCACUCAUGAGGCACCUGCUGUGUUUAGGCAUCAUCCUGGGUGCUACAAAUACUUUGGUGAACAAGACAGUUCACACUCAGUAUGGGACUCCCAAGUAGUAAGCAAC